AUGGCUCCGGCAGGCCGCGGGCAGCAGCGGGCUCGGGCGCGCUUCGUCUACGUGACCCGCUUCGGCUCGCACCAGUGUGGCGGCGUCCUGCAGCUGGGCGGACCCCGGGCUCCGGGCCGCGGGUGCCCGGGGCCGGAGACGUGCGGCGGCCGGCAGGAGCCGCGGGAGGCGGCGGCGGAGGCCCCGAGCGGCGGCGAGCUGCCCGCGGGUCGGGCCGGCAGCUCGCGGCUGCGGGCGUCGAGCGCGCCGGGCCGCCCCGGGCCUGCAGGUGUAAUCCAGAAAGAUGCAGCUAAAAAGUUUGAUUUUCCCAUACCAGUGAGUGAAGCCUCCAAAAUAAUGAAAAAAAGGAAAAAGGUUUCAGUAUGGAACAGAGUACACAAAAUCAUUUCUAGAAUGCUUGAAGAAAAUGAAAAAUACAGACUCAGACUGGAAUGCCAGAAAUUAUCUAGUGAAAACUCAAAUUACACAAGAUGAAUCGUCUCAUCAUCUUUUGGAUUAACCUAUCUUUGGAUUUGUUUCCCAGUGAAGAUAAUGAAGAGUUCAAAGAUGGAAUGUUAAAUGGAAUCAUAAUUAUUAAUCUUGGUGUUUUUUGGAAUUGGUACUUUAAUAGUUCAAUGGAAAAACUAGUUUCUUUAUAAAUUAAUAGUAUUUUUUGCAAGUCAAUAAAAUUUUUAAACAUUGUU